CAGCUCCUGUAGAUAAGGCAAAAACAAGUGAGUAACGUCAUUCGUCAGUGACUCAGUGAUUCAUAUUGACCUCUCCGGUGCAGACGCAAUAUGUGGGUGCCAACAUUUCUUCUCAUUACACUAAUUGUAACGUGCAAUGGCUAUAGGAUCCUUGUUUCGUUCCCGAUGCCCUCAAGAAGUCAUUCCAUACUCGGUGAUGGUAUUGUAAAUGCAUUAGCAAAAGCAAAUCACGAGGUUACUUAUAUAACACCAUUCCCCAAAAGUAAGCCUUCACCCAAUAUCAGAGAGAUCGAUAUCAGUGACAAUCUUCACAUAUUUACAGAUGACGUGAGCAAUAUACAAGCAAUAAUGGAUAAAAAAAAGGAUGUCCAAAAUGUAACUGACUUUGUGACUACAAUGGCGGAAGUUAAUUCAAAGGCUAUUAAACAUCCUAACGUACAAAAAGUAUUAAACGAUCCAAAAGAGGAAUUCGAUGUUAUUAUUGUAGAAUGGUUAUUUUAUGAACUACCUGCUGGACUCUCCGCAGUAUUUAACUGUCCAUUCAUCUGGUUAUCACCAACAGAUCCCCAUUCAAAAAUUUUAAAAUUGGUAGAUGACAUCCCUAACCCGGCCUACAAUCCCGACGUGAUUUCUUCCAACUACCCUCCAUUUACAUUUACUCAGCGAGUAAAGGAGUUAGCUUUCAUGUUUGGCGGAUUGGGGCUGGAACAUUUUACCUUAAAUCCAAUACAGUUUAAAGCUUAUGAAGAACUUUUAGUACCAAUUAUACAAAAACGCGGCAAUAAAGUCCCACUAUUUGAAGAUGUGUUGUAUAAUGGAUCACUGAUUCUUAGUAACUCUCAUUAUUCAGUCGGGAGAUCUGUAAGGUUGCCUCAAAAUGUUAUUCAAAUUGGAGGAUAUCAUAUCAGUCGUGAAGUCAAACCGCUACCAGAUAAUUUGAAAAAACUUUUAGAUAAUGCGAAAAAUGGAAUAAUUUACUUCAGUAUGGGAAGUAAUUUGAAGAGCAGGCUAAUGCCAGAGGAGCUGAAGCAAAGCCUACUUAAGAUGUUUAGCACAUUAAAGUAUACAGUGUUGUGGAAGUUUGAGGAAAACCUUCCUGGAACUCCAAGUAAUGUGCACAUCGUACAAUGGGCUCCACAACCGAGUAUUUUAGCUCAUCCAAACUGUAUUCUCUUCGUAACUCAUGGUGGACUUCUCUCAACAACUGAGACAAUUCACUUUGGAAAACCUAUCGUAGCAAUUCCAGUUUUUGCAGAUCAAUUUAACAAUGCGAAUAUUGCAGUUAGAAAAGGAUUUGGCAUAAAAGUAGAUUUGUCUUACACUAUGGCUGAUAAUUUAAAAGUUGCUAUAGAAGACGUUCUUCAGAAUCCUAAAUAUGCAGCGAAAGCCAAAGAGCUAUCAAUGAUUUAUCAUGACAGACCAGUUACACCAGACAAGGAAAUGGUGCACUGGGUUGAACACGUUGUGAAAACUCGCGGUGCCCCUCACUUGAGGUCACCAGCAAUGGACCUACCUUGGUAUCAAAAAUUAUAUUUAGACCUCAUUGCUCUUUUACUAAUUCUUAAGGUGCUGUUGUAUUAUAUUUGCAAAAAAAUUGUUGGUCUUUUUUUGAAAGACAAAACUAAAGUCAGUAAGAAGAAGAGACAAUGAUUUGGUUUUUUAUUAAAAAUUAUUGUGUUGAACCUAAUUAUAUUUUUAAACCGA